GAUUUACCGUUAUCCAUUGAGCAAUAUGGAAAACAGAUCACGGAUAUCACGUUAGGUUCCAAUUUAUUCCGUUGUGAUUGCUCGCCACGUUUUCGUAUACAAUCUUGGUUCUCACGUAAUUUAGAUUUGAUACAUGAUGUAUCAGAUAUUUUUUGUAUUGAAAAUAUUAGUCAUGCAGUUCGCGAGAAUGAUACAACAAUUCUUAGUGCUUAUCCUCCAAAUUUUGGCGAGGAUAUUUUCAAAAUACCAAUGACACAGUUUAUCGCUACCGCUAAUACAACUAUUUGUGCACCUACCGCAAGUGGCAUAUUUGGUACCGAAGGAACUACAAAUUCAUUGCUCAUGAUUAUGGUACUAUUUGCUGUAGCACUGAUGACAACUGGUUUGAUACUUCUAGCUGUGUUGUUCUUUCGAAAGACGAAAUCAGCAAUAGUACAACGAAGGUAUAAGGUACCACCAUCAUUUACCGGUACACACACUACACCUGGUUCCAGUCCAUUACCACUCAUUCAUUUCGAUGCAUUUAUUAGCUAUUCGAAGAAGGAUGAAAAACUUAUCAUUGAUACCUUAUACAGACAACUUGAAUCCGAAGAGUAUAUUUUAUGUCUCUUACAUAGAGAUGGUCCAAAUUAUAAUUCUCGAGUGCAUACAAUAUCCGAUGAACUUAUUAAUCAAAUGGAAUGCGCUCAAUCUCUUAUACUCGUCCUAACUCAACACUUCUUAGAUAAUGAAUGGAAGACAUUACAGAUUAAAACAUCUCACCAAAUUUUCGCUAAAAAUCGUCACAAAAAAUUAAUUGCAUUACUCGGUGAUGGAAUUGAACCCAAUCAAUUGGAUGCUGAAUUAGGUCAAAUUUUACGCAAAAAUACGUGUAUUCGAAUGAAUGAUCCAUUAUUUUGGAAUCUGUUACAUUCAGCUUUACCUGUCCGAAUAGCACCAUCAUCCUGUAGCGGUGGUUCAUCACAAAUUUAUUCCGAUUGUUAUGGUAGUAUUGUGCCUAGUGAUAUUGUUUAA